CCCCUCUACACCGAGGCAGCAGGAGCACACACUGCAGCGCAGCGCAGCGCACCGGAGCGGAGCUGGAGGAGGAGGAGGAGGAGAGCAAGAGGAGAGGAGAGCAGCGAUCAGGAGGAGUAGAGGAAGGAGGGCGGACUUGUUUUUCCCUCGGACAGGCUGGAUUAUACUCCGCAGCAUCCUGUCGCUUCAUCAUGCCUUUAGGGAGUAAAAGAUCCGCGGGGAUUAGAGCGCUGAUCGGCGCGCUGCUGCUCGGCUCCUGUGGGACAGGUGCACAAGAGGUGUGUGACAGUCCACUGGUGACCAAUCUGCCUACAUCAUCGUUCAGGAGUUCCUCCCAGCUGACCAGUAGCCAUGGGCCAGUGUAUGCCAAGGUCAACAGAAGAGAAGGAGCUGGUGGUUGGUCUCCUCUCAUCUCAGACAGAUACCAGUGGUUGGAGGUGGAUCUGGGAAGGCGGACCAAGAUCACAGCUGUGGCAACGCAGGGACGCUACGGCAGCUCUGAUUGGCUGACGGCGUACCUGCUGAUGUUCAGCGACACAGGACACAACUGGAGGCAGCACCGGCAGGAAGACAGCUUAGGGGCUUUUCCAGGUAACAGUAAUGCCGACUCUGUGGUUCAGUAUAAACUUGAACAGCCUGUGAUAGCUCGAUACCUGCGCCUGAUUCCUCUGGACUGGAACCCCACUGGGAGGAUUGGACUCAGACUGGAGAUAUAUGGAUGUCGAUAUACCUCUGACGUGGCUAACUUUGAUGGCAGCAGCAGCCUGCUCUACAGGCUGAGUGUGAGGCCGAGCUGGACGGAGAUGGAGGUCAUCUCUCUGAAGUUUAAGACGCUGAGGAAUUCUGGGACACUGCUGCAUGCAGAGGGACAGAGAGAUCACAGCCUCACUCUGGUGCUGGAGAAAGGACGGCUGCUGCUCUACCACCAACAAGGUGUGAGUUCCUCCUCCAGCGGUCAGCUCCUCGUCGCACUUGGAAGUCUCCUCGAUGACCAGCACUGGCAUUAUGUAAAGCUGGAGCGGCUCAAUGCUCACCUCAACCUCACCGUGGAUAAAACCACUCGGCAGGUUCACAUCCCAGCAGAGCUCAGCAGCUGGGACAUCCACCAGCUCAGUCUUGGAGCAGUCCAGGGUCACGGUCUGCAGAAACCCAUCCUGUCAAACAGAAACUUCUAUGGCUGUCUGGAAAAUCUUCUUUACAACGACCUCAACCUGAUAGAGUUGGCUAAAAAGAACAACCACCAGGUCUCUAAGAUGGGCAACGUGACCUUUUCCUGCUCCGAGCCCGUUUCGGUCGCUGUGACGUUCCCCUACUCCCAGAGCUUCUUGCAGCUGCCUGGACUGUGGUCGUGGUCGUCAGGGGUUAUUUCUGUGGCACUGCAGUUCAGGACGUGGAACAAGGCGGGGCUUCUGUUGACCUUUGUGCUCCCGCUCCAGGAGGGCAUGGUGUGGAUGUACCUCAGCGAAGCCAGGCUCCGCCUACAGGUCAGCAGAACUGGACGGGCACAGCUGGAGCUCAGCGCAGGUUCAGGUCUGAAUGACGGUCAGUGGCACUCUGUAGAGAUGAACUCCAGACACGAUCAGCUGAGCAUCACAGUGGACAGAGACGAAGGAGCCACCGCUCACACCAGCAUCCCACUUCCUCUAAAUGAAGACAGUCAGCUCUUCUUCGGUGGCUGCCCAGCUGAGGAGAGUAAUGAGGAGUGUGUGAACUAUUUCAGAGUGUUUCAGGGCUGCAUGCGUCUCUUGGCUUUGGAUAACCAACCUGUUGACCUGAUCAAGGUUCAGCAAAGACUGCUGGGAAACUACAGCCACUUACAGAUAGAUAUGUGUGGCAUCAUCGACAGGUGCUCCCCCAGUCACUGUGAACAUGGAGGGAGAUGCACUCAGUCAUGGAGCACCUUCCACUGUAACUGCUCUAACAGCGGCUACAGAGGAGCCACCUGCCACAGCUCUAUGUAUGAACAGUCAUGUGAGGCGUACAAACACAAAGGCAACAUAUCAGGGCACUACUACAUAGAUGUGGACGGCAGCGGACCGAUCAAACCCCAGCUCAUCUACUGUAACAUGACAGAGGACACAGCAUGGAUGGUGAUCCAGCACAAUAACACAGAACUGACCAGAGUGCAUUCAUCCCCUGAGAGAAUCCAACAUUCAGCACACUUUGACUACAUUGCUGAGGAGGAACAGUUAGCAGCCAUCAUCAGCCAAUCAGAGCACUGCGAGCAGGAGCUGUCCUACCACUGUAGGAAGUCCCGCCUACUCAACACACCAGAGGGUUCUCCGUUCAGCUGGUGGGUAGGAGGCCCUGGUCCAGGCCAGAUCCAGACGUACUGGGGCGGUGCUCUGCCAGGCACCAGACAGUGUGCAUGUGGUCUGCAGGACAACUGUGUGGAUUCAAACCACUACUGCAACUGUGACGCUGACAACGAUCAAUGGACUCAUGACUCCGGACUCCUCACCCAUAAGGAGACCCUCCCGGUCAAGUCUCUGGUUCUUGGUGAUGUCCAGCGUCCGGGGUCUGAGGCUUCCUACAGAGUUGGCCCUCUGCUAUGUCAUGGAGACAAGAACUUCUGGAACGCAGCUUUUUUUGACAAAGAGACGUCUUAUCUCCACUUUCCCACCUUCCACGGGGAGCUGAAUGCAGACAUCACUUUCCUGUUUAAAACAACCUCCUCCUCCGGGGUCUUCCUGGAAAACCUGGGCAUCAAGGACUUCAUCCGGAUUGAGCUCAGCUCCUCCACAGAGGUCGUCUUCUCUUUUGACGUUGGAAACGGGCCGCUGGAGGUACGAGUGGAGACGAGCGUCCCUCUGAAUGACAACCGAUGGCACAGCGUACGAGCCGAGAGAAACGUGAAGGAGGCAUCGCUGAGAGUCGACCAGUGCCCAGCAGCCACGCAGGAGGCGCCCGCUGAUGGACACAUUCAUUUACAGCUCAACAGCCAGUUAUUCAUAGGAGGCACCGCUUCAAGACAGAAAGGCUUCCUAGGAUGCAUCCGCUCUCUGCAGUUAAACGGUGUCACUCUGGACUUGGAGGAGAGGGCAAAGAUCACCCCUGGGGUCCGUCCUGGGUGCCCGGGUCACUGCAGCAGCUACGGCUCACUGUGCCAGAACCACGGCCGCUGUGUGGAGAGAGAAAACGGUUUCUUCUGUGACUGCAGUCAGUCUGCUUACGCCGGACCUUUCUGUCAUCAAGAGGUUUCAGCCAGCUUUAAGUCAACUACUUCCAUCGCCUACAACCUCCAGGAGCCCUUUGAACUGAGCAGGAACAGCAGUGCUGUGCCUUCCUUCAUCUACUCUGACAUGACUCUAAGAGGAGAAAAUAUCUCGCUGAGCUUCAGAACCAGUCAGAGUCCUGCUCUGUUGCUGUAUAUCAACUCUUUGUACCAGGAGUACCUGGCUCUGCUCAUCAACAAACACGAUGAGCUGGAACUGAGGUACAGGUUGCAGAGCAGCAGAGAUGUGGAGGUGCUCAGGAGCAGAGGCUCCAACAUGGCAGAUGGACAUCUGCACACAGUGACUGUCAAGAGACUGGUAGAUACCGUCUCUGUUCAGAUUGACCAGAAUACCAGAGAGGACUUCAACUUGACGUCUGACGGUGAAUUCAACAGCAUCAAAACGUUCUUUCUGGGCAGAGUGCAGGAUUCUGAUGAGCUGGAUUCAGAGCUGGCAGGGCUGGCCUCUCUCGGGUUCACAGGCUGUCUGUCAGGUGUUCGCUUUAACUCCAUCACUCCUCUAAAAGCUGCUCUGCUGCACCCUGACAGCCGUGUUAUUGUCACCGAACCACUGGUCUCAUCGAGCUGUGCUUCCUCCACUGCAGAUAAUCCAUACACAGCAGAAACCACACACUCCCUAACAGAUCAGCCCGGUUCAGUGGAUCCAGGUCAACCUUUAGUCAACGCCAUCAGGAGUGACUCAGCUCUAAUUGGAGGAGUGAUCGCUGUGGUAAUCUUCAUCAGCGUGUCUGCAUUGGCAAUACUCGCCAGAUUUGUCUGCAGCAGGAAGGAGACGUAUCGGAACCAGGAUGUAAAAGCAUCACAGCCUGAAGACAUCCACGAGUUACCCUUCAGCAGCCAGGCGGACUCUCAUAGCGCUCCCUGUGAAAACCAGAAGGAGUAUUUCAUUUAGCAGGACACACUGAUCUCCCACCGAGCUGACAGGACAGACUGAGGUGAUUUAACAGGAGCUCAGUGCUUUGAGAGACACUCCGAGCCCCUCAGCUGCUUAAACCCGUGGGUCGACAAGAUGUGACGUCCAAAACUGAACAAUUUAUGAUUUUACCUUCUUUCUGCUGCCAUUUUGAGGAUGUAAAUAUGAGAAAAGUGUAAAUGGUUAUUUGUGCGCUUACAAUGAUGUUGACCUGCCAUGUUGAAAUAUUUAAAAUAAUUUAUUAAAAGGAAAUAGAUGUGAUGAUCAAACACAUGUUUGUUGCAGUUAAACUACACUUUUGGACCUCAUGUUAAUUUAUUAAAAAACACACUUUUUCUACAAGGAUGCCAACCUGUGAGUGUGGAGAUGUCAGAGCCUUGAAAUGUGUUCUGAGUUAUGCGAAGACUGAACCAAACGGAGGUUUG